UGGACUGUACCACCCCAUGAAUCCACCCCUCCUUCAGCCUUGCGGUGGGCCGCUCCCCCUUCUUCACCGCCCGCUUUGGUGCAAGCCCAAACAGAACAUCAUGGCGAUUGAUGGUGGCGAGCGUAACUGUGGAGUACAUGAGCUGAUCUGCGUCAGAAAAGUCUCUCCAGAGGUGCUGGGGUUUCUGACUGCCAUCGGACUCUUCAUCAUCCUCAUGACCCUCCUGUUCUGGUACCUCAACAACAAGUUGGCACUAGAGAACCCAGGGAACCUUCAGUGCCUUGAUGACUUCAGGAAAAAAACCGAUCUCCAAGACAAGGCCUACUCUGAUGCCGACCUGCAGGGCUCGUCAUCGGACAGCGAGGAUGAACUGAUGGGUCAGUAUCAGGAAGCGGUCAGCCGCUCCCAAGGCCUCCGAGGAGGAGCCAAGGCGGCUGCUAAUACCAAACACGCAGGAGGCUUCAGCUGGGAGAGCCGGCAGAAGUACAGCCCUCUGACUGCUGAUUAUGACGGCUACAGCAGUGAAGCCUCGGCUGACGAUGCCAACUGCAUCCAGAGGAUGAGACGAACACCACCACUGGAUGAGCUUCAGCCACCUCCUUAUCAGGAUGAGAAUGGCUCUCCAAGGAUGUCCUGUACGCUGUCUGACCUGGGAGAUGCCAAGUGUGAUCUGUCCCAUACCAGUGGCAGUCCCCACCUAUCCUUUGGCAAAUGCCCCAGUGAGUGCAGCGACGGCCAUGAGACGGAGAGUUACCUCAACAAGGGCUAUGAGGAAGAUGUACCCAGUGACAGUACAGCUGUCCUCAGCCCAGAGGACAUGUCAGCCCGUGGAUCAGCAGCUCAGCUUCCUAAAGGGUAUGAGCCGGAUCCAGUUGCAAAAUAUGGCACCCUGGAUGUGGUGUUUGAUUACGACUCAGAGGACCAGCAACUGGCAGUCACCAUCAUGGCAGUAUCGGAUCUCCCCACCCUAAAACGCACCGGCAACAUCUCCUGGCAGGUCCACCUGGUGCUGCUGCCCACCAAGAAGCAGAGGGCCAAGACAGGAAUCCAGAGAGGCCCGUGUCCAAUCUUCACCGAGACUUUCCGCUUUAGCCAUGUGGAGUCGGAGAUGAUCAGCAAUUACGCCAUCCGAUUCCGCCUUUAUAGUAUGCGGCGUAUGAAGAAGGAGAAGGUGCUCGGGGAAAAGGUGUUCUACCUCACCAAGCUCAACCUUCAGGGCAAAAUGUCUGUGCCGGUCAUAUUAGACCCAUGCUGUGCUCUCCCGGGUGGUGAAUCCCAGGUCAGCCUCUCAGAUAUGACAUGCAGUGAAAGCGCCUCAUCAUUCCAGUCAGUCAGUCAGACUUCCACACCAGAGAUCCUUGUGGGCCUGGUGUACAACGCCACAACAGGACGUCUCUCAGUGGAAAUCAUCAAAGGCAUCCAUUUUAAAAACCUUGCUGCCAACAAGCCACCCAAUGGGCUGUUCUGUUGUCUAAAACACUUGAUAGGUGGACAGGUUUAUAUUAUCAGAGAUACAUAUGUUAAGCUGACCUUAUUGAACUCCAUGGGCCACGAGAUGUCCAAGUGUAAGACAUCCAUCUGCCGAGGUCAGCCCAACCCAACCUACAAAGAGACGUUUGUCUUCCAGGUAGCUCUUUUCCAGCUAUCGGACGUCACGCUUAUCCUCUCCGUCUACAACAAGCGCAGCAUGAAGCGUAAGGAGAUGAUUGGCUGGAUCUCGCUCGGCCUCAACAGCUCUGGAGAGGAGGAGCUCACCCACUGGACUCAGAUGAAAGAGUCUAAAGGACAGCAGGUUUGCCACUGGCACAGUUUGCUGGAGUCCUAACAGUGAGAGAACAGGAAGUGAAGAGAGUGCGUGGGAUAACUGCACAGAGCGGUUGUCAUCCCAGAUGGGUGAGAAACGGAUAGGUUCAGCUGGGAUAGAGGAAUGUGACAGACAUCCAGGGAACCAGGGUCAGUGAAGAUGAAGGAAAAUACAACUUGGCACAGUGUAAGCAUUUCCAUGGCACUGUUUGUAAAAUCACUGACAGCCAUUGAUUAGUUGUAUGGCUAGUAAUGUGAUGUCAUUUUAUAAUAGAUUGCCUUGUAAUGACCUUGAAGUUUCUGUAGAUGGCACUCUGUUUUUGUCUGUUGAACUGGUUGAGUUGGAACCCAAUCCAAGAAACAGGUUCUGGAUAACGCUGUUGAGUUAAUUAUUGUCUGAUAAUUUUGUGUAUCCACACCUCCAGCUCAAACAACUGACAUCAGGAUGAUUUCAUGAUCUCAUUUUAAUCAUAUGAGAAGGUUUACAACAUGAAACAUGGCCCCUCUUUUGUUUCCCUGCCUGUAUACAACAUGCUUAUGUCAUGAAUUUAAGGGAUGACCAAGGAAACAGUUUCUAAUUUAGAAGCCAGAGCAUGGACAUGCAUGGCCACUUUUACAGUCAGUAGUAGUUAGGUAUUUGUUGUUUGGUCAUGGGCUUUGCACCACCAAUGUUAAAUGCCUUAAGACAUAUUUCCUCAGUCAGUUUCUUCCCAUGAAAUUCUUACUACCAAGUGGUCCCACAUGAACACAAAAUACUUCACUGAAGUUAAAACUGUUUUAUUAAUUUCACAAUAGAUUUCUGUAUUAGUGUUCUUGCUACUUGUUUUUCCUCAAUGGUUUGUGGUAGGUGUGGCAAGGGAUGGGGAUUGAUAUGAUUUUAUUGAUACCAGUGCCAUUAUGGGUUCAGCUUAUGGGUUCGAUUCUUUGUCAAUUCCCUUAUUAAUCUUUGAUCAAUUGUCUUUGUGAAAAAAGUAGGCCUACACCCUCUCUUUGCUUAUUUUCCCUCCCUGUUAGCUGGUGGGUGAGUCAAGCUGGCUGUAGCCUGAGAGCUAACUCUAGCAGCAGUCUGACUGUCAUCUUUUAAAAAGGAUGAAAUGAGAGAAUAUUUGAACAGCAUUGUUUUUUAUGGAUCAGGGUUUUCUUAGUCAAAAAAAAAAACUGCUCAGCCUGCCUGUGUGGUGCUAAUGUUAUUAUAACAGGAUAUUUACCAUCAGUAACAGACAUGCUGCUCUGUUGGGAAGCAGUGGCAGUCAAGAGUAAAGUGUCAGUUACAUGGCAUUUCUGGAAUUUAAGCCCAAGUUGCGUCGAAAAAUGUUUUAGCAUAUUGCUGGUGUUUCCACCUUUACUUGAAAUGAUCAUUAUACAGACAUUACAAGCAGCACAGGUAUCACCUUUCUUCGUGAAACGAAGCCACGCUUUGGACCAAUUCUUCCUCUCUGACAUGUCUCCUUCUUGUUUUCAGCAGGGUAUAGAUGAGUGAGAUUGGUGUCAGUGCAACAGAAUGAAUGGGCAACUGUCAGAAAAAAAUGGUGGCAACAAUAAAAGGAAUUGAUAAGCUCAUAUGGGUCGGACAAUUUGGAACAGUUGUCAAUUCCCAUCCCUUGGCGUGGCUUAGUGGGAAGAAAGUAAUGCCUAGUAUUACCAUGCACCAGUCAGAGUUAGUCAGGCAACAUUUGAAACAAAAUCCUAUGAAGGCUGUGGAAUUGUUUGCUUGUGUUACCUUAAACUUCCGCAGCCUCAGUUCUUGAGAGGCUAACUCUUAAUAAAUAUUAACUAAAACUUAUUUUUUUAGACUUCAACUUUGACUUUUGCUUAAUGAAUAGUAAAUGUUGGAGAGAAGUACUUUGAUACCAAGUUUUCAACGGCUUGAAGCAAUUUUCAUGGUAUAAGAAUCCACAUUUCCUCCAGCUAGCUAGCUAAUUGUAUCAACUCCCUUGUUUUGCCAGUCAACAGGGCAGCACCAGUGCCAUGCUCUGUCUAAGAGAAAACAACACUAAUUGCUUACUUUUUACUGAGCUCUAGAAUUUGGAUUUCUCUAGAUGUCUGUUGUUUAAGCUAGAGGUGUGGCUAAAUGAAGCUAACAUCACUGCUCAUGCUAGCUACCUUGUUCAUCAUGUAUUUAUCACAAUCACGUCUUUGUUUUUUUGCUAGAAAUGUAAAACGCACUACUUACUCCAUCCAGGGAAGGGACAUGAGAGCUCCCCAAAAGUGAAGCCAAAACAUCUCGAUAUCCCCCUUAUGGCUGGCUGUAGUA